GCGUCUGACGGCGUGACUGCCAAGGCAGUAGUAUACAUGCCCGGACGUGGAUGGCCGCCGCGGUGGACCAAAGUCAGAGUUCUCCUUCCCCGCCGCAGCCACCUUCCAGUCCAUGCUGCCUGUUAUAAAUACGUCACACAGUGAAGGUCCUGGUUCUUCCAUCAGAUCCCCUCUUCUCUCUCUCUCUAUUCUUCUUGCUCUAGCACUCUGCACUGCUCUGUUCUUUCCGGCUAACACCGGCUACGCCCACCCCACGGCGGAUGGAGGGCGUCGAGGAGAUUGUCAUCGCCGGCGCCGGGCUCGCCGGUCUCGCGACGGCCCUGGGGUUGCACAGGAAAGGGGUGAGGUGCGUGGUGCUGGAGUCGUCGGCGACGCUGCGUGCGUCGGGGUACGCCUUCACCACAUGGACCAACGCCUUCCGCGCCCUGGACGCCCUGGGCGUCGGGGACAAGAUCAGGGAGCACCACCUGCUCUACGAGAGGCUGGUGGCCUUCUCUGCAUCCACGGGUGAGGCUGCCGCAAAAGUGAGCCUAAAGAUGCAGGGCAAAAGCGGGCCUCACGAGAUUCGGUGCGUGAAGCGCAACUUCUUGCUGGAGACGCUGGAGGAGGAGCUGCCGGAGGGCACCAUCAGGUACUCCUCCAAGAUCGUCGCCAUCGAGGAAGAGGGCAACGUCAAGCUGCUGCACAUGGCCGACGGCUCCAUCAUCAGAGCCAACGUUCUUGUGGGGUGUGACGGAGUGAACUCGGUGGUGGCCAAGUGGCUGGGCCUGCCCAAGCCGAUCCUCUCGGGGCGGUCCGCCACCCGGGGCCUCGCCGAGUACCCGGACGGGCACGGCUUCGGGCCCGAGAUGCUGCAGUUCAUCGGGCAGGGCUUCCGCUCCGGCGUGCUCCCCUGCUCCGACACCUCCGUGUACUGGAACUACACCUGGUACCCGUCCCCGGCGGACGGGGACGCGGAGGAGAGCGUGGACAAGAUGCGGCGGCACGUGCUGGCCAGGCUUCGGGCCGCCAAGAUCCCCGCGGAGGCGCUGGACGUGGUCGAGCGGGGCGAGAUGAGCGAGGUGGUGUCGUCGCCGCUGCGGUUCCGGUCCCCGCUGGCGCUGGUCCGGGGCAGCAUCUCCAGGCGCGGCGUGUGCGUGGCCGGCGACGCGUUCCACCCGAUGACCCCGGAGCUCGGGCAGGGCGGCUGCGCGGCGCUGGAGGACGGCGUCGUCCUUGCCCGAUGCCUCGGCGAGGCCUUCGCCGUCGGCGGGCACGGGAGCGCCGAGGCGGCCCUGGAGAAGUACGCCGGGGAGCGGAGGUGGCGCGCCGUCCGGCUGGUCACUGCCGCGUACGUCGUCGGCUUCGUGCAGCAGAGCAGCAACCCGGCGAUCAAGUUCCUGAGGGAGAGGUUCCUGUCCGGGUUGCUGGCCAGAGUGAUGGUCGACAUGGCCGACUUCGACUGCGGGAAGCUCUAGUAGUUAUGUCACUCCUUCACGGCAAAACGAGAACAACGAGAGAAAACGAAUCGGUUAAAACGGCAUCAAUCAAAUCGAUUUGAUGCCUGUAUUUCGACUUUUCGAGUUAAAUAAAGAAAAUAGUUUGAUACC